UUUUCAAGGAAGUUAAUGUGUAUAAAACUAUAUAACUGUUGUUAAUAUUUUUCAAGAUUAUUGUUAAUUUUCCUAAAUUAUUUCUACGAAAUACUGUUAAAUACAACAUUCAAAAAUGUUUCAAGAACCUGACUACAGAGAAAACUUAUCAUUGAUGUUAUCAGAGGUUUUACAUGACAUUGGUGUCAAUGAAAGAAUAGUGAUGAGAAGGAGAAGAAAACUCAUGAUGAUGGAGACUAUGAGUUAUAUCACCAACAGGUCAAUUGAUUUAGAUGCAACUGAAUAUUUCCUAGGGAGUCAAAGUGAAGGUACAACUACUAAAGGACUUGAUUCAGACUAUGAUGUAGUAGUCUGUAUGCAUAAUUUCAAUAUAAUACAAGACUGGUCAGAGUUGGAACCUGGCAAGUUAAACUACCUCAUGAUACAGGAUGAGAACACUACUCCUGGGUAUUGUUUCUUACAACUACUCAGACCAGAUGAACCUCUUCCUGCCACUGGCAUUCUUGAUGAAUGUCAUCAUAUUACUGACAGAAGAGGAAGAAUAUUGUAUAAAAACACAAUAAUAAAUGAAAUGCUUGAGGGUGCUGAGCAGCAGCAUGGACCAGCUAUUGCGGAACAAGGACAACCUGGAUUAUAUGAUAAAGACAAAGUGUUAGCUUUACCAUGUAAAUCAUGGCCUCAAUCAGCAUCAGGUUGGUUAGAUAGACAAGGUAUUGGUAGAUGGCCUACACAAGAGAUGAGAAGAUAUGCAGCCAGGACUGGGUGUUUUGUUGUUUCAACUGGAAGUAAGGUCAGUGAAUAUCCUGAACUGGAAUGGAGAAUUUCAACCUCAUUGGCAGAAAGAUUUUGUAUGUUAAAUCUUAAUAUAACACAAUUAAGGUGCUAUGUACUAUUGAAAAUGAUUCUUAAGUCCUUCCUUAAUCCUCAAGAUGAAAUGAACAUUUCAAGUUUCAUGUGCAAAACAGUUUUAUUACACUGUAUAGAAAACACAGAGUCAGUAAUAUGGAAAGAUAACAAUUUAUUCACAUGUUUAACAUACUGCUUAUUGGAAUUACACAGUUGUGUACAAAAUGACUGUUGUUCACAUUUCAUUAUAAAGGAAAACAAUUUGAUGGCAGGGCAAUUUACAGCUGAAACAAAACAUGAACUUUCAAAAAAUAUUUGUGAUUUUAUACAGAAUGAUAGACAACGGUUACUUAGUAUUGAUAUUGAUGAUCUUGGUCAUAGACUUCAAGUUAAACUGAACAGGGUACCACAUGGAAUUUACUAUUUUUUUUCUUCUCUUGAAAUACAAAAACUUUUGUUAACGACGUUUGUUAUAGACUUUGCAAAUGGCAUAAGUUAUCGGCAUAUGCAUAUUUUAAAACAUUUUCUCAAUAAAAACAUUAGAACAAUAAAACAAUAUGUAGGUAAACUAAUGACCUUCAGAGACAAUGGUAAUAGAUUAGAACAUGCUGCAUUCAAGCUCCUAGCACCUUUUGUUUUUACCACAUACGGAUCAAUCCUAGCAUCAUCCUGCAUCGGUGAAAAUAAUCAAGUGUCACCUCAAGCACUGGUUUGGCUCUCAGCUGGUUUAAACUCAGAUAUCUCAUCUAGCAGACUUAAAUUGGCUUCAGUGUUUUACAGUACAGGAGAUAUGGAGAGAGCUGAACUAAUUCUGAGACACACAGAACAACAAUAUUUUUCCUAUCCUGUUUUACCUAUCUGUGACUGCCGUUAUAAUCAUCUGCCCAAAGAAGCAGUAACAGCAGAAUUCAUAAGGGUAUGUAGUGAACAAAGUGAGGACUGUAUAAAAUAUAUUACGUCAUUUUGUGUCAGAUUUAUACAGGAAGAGAUCAACUGUGUUCCUCAUGAACUACAAUAUGAAAUGUUUAGAUCUACACAAGAUGACAUGAUACACAGAGAUGAGUAUGAAGACUGUUGGAUGGACUGGGCUGUAGUUGAUUCUCUACCUCUCCUGUACUUCCUACAAUACAAGAUCUAUCAUCAUCUACAAAGACAUCAAGAUCAACAACAAGCACUUUGUAAACUUAUAAGAAUCAUAGAAACAGAUGAAAAUCUUCAACAUAGAGAAACAGCUCUCAACAUUUUAGGACAAUGUAUGGAACAAGAAAACAGACCUCAACAAGCAUUAAAGUGCUACAUGCUUUCUCUUCAACAAAGGGCAAGGAACAAUGUAGCAAACAUCCAUAUAUGUAAGCUCCUUUCUGGCUUACUAGUUAGCCAAUAAACUUAGAUAAUAAAAAAAAGUAUGAAGACUUUUGUUUUCAAUGAUAUCAAACAGCUAAAACUACAAAAUGUAGGCCUGUUGUUACACUUUUUAUCACAGUCAUAUUAUUUUGAAAUACCAUUAAACAUGUUAACUUGAGAGAAUGAUUCCAACUUCAUUGACUUUGAAUAUCUGACUUAACAUUUGAGAAGUAAGAGCAUCUUGUGUAGAGGACCAUCAUUGCAUAUGAAAAUGUAUUUUAAAUUUUGGUUUAUAUAAGGUGAAGUUUUUUCCAAGCUAUUUUUAUACAGUAGUCAAAACAGUUUUAGCUAGUAUUCUGUUGUUGGCAAUAUUUAUAUUGUUGGCAGUUUUUAUUAAAAGUAUUGUUUUAUAAAUUUACCUUGUAUAAUAGUCUAGUGUUUAUUUUAUAUAUGUACCCUGUAUAUAAAAUGACCCUGUUUAAGGCGACAACAGACACUUUCCAUGGUACUACCAUAAAUGUCAUUUAAACCAACUUAUUUUAGUUAUAA